UCGAGGAGACAGCGUUGCGAUCGGAUGUGUUUUUUAGUCGGUGCGUGUGUGUGUGAGUGUGAGUUGGUGUGAGUGUGAGUUGGUGUGAGUGUUUGUCGUCGUCGUAGUCUGAAGCUGCGAGUUGUCGGUCUAUAUAUGAAUAUUGAGAUUCAGUUCUUCCAAUGUAAAAAUAAAAUUUACGAAAACAUAUUUGAAAAGUGACUUUUCAAUGUGCUAAAAAGAACCUGAGCGAAAAGUGCGGAAAACUUUGCAACGUUUUAUUCGCGGAAAUUCAAAUCAAAUCAAAUAGUGUGUGCGCCUUUGGGCCACCCUGUAUUUGCCAGGCACUUCAACAGCUUUUUCGUUUUGGAAUCUUUUAUCGUAUCACUCGAAGAUAUAUCCGUAAACAAGAAUGCAUUUAAUUUGCGAAUUUUUGAAAUGGCUGGCACUCUUCCAUCUGCUGUCUCAAAGUCAGAGUGGCAGAGUUCAAGAGGCAAAGCGUCACAUACGCGCCGAGUUUCGCGAUGUUUUGGGCCCCCCCAGGUAUUAUGGCUCACACUGGCAUCAUGGUCAGCGAGUGCAUCGCGUCCAUAUGCCGCAUGCACGCCAGAGAUGGAGUGGCCGGCGGCGCUCGAUCCAUCAUCCGCAUCCCUUCAGCCGCUGGACACAGUGGACCACUUGCGAUGAGGAUUGCAUUAGGCGACGUGAGCGCUUCUGCAAAGCAAAGCGAAAAUGUGGACACACCAAGCACGUGGAGCAGCGAAAGUGUUCGCAUUGUCAUCCAGCCAUCAAGUGGCAUCAAGUUGAGAGCAAUUUCCACCACAGGAAUUCCCAACCCAUUCACAUUCCCAGUCAAAAUACGCCGUCGAUUGUCAUAAAUGCAGCAGCUGCUGCGGCAAGUGGGCCACCCUUGCAACCUGUGCAUGCACAGCCCCAACCACAACCUUCUCCGCUGCCGCAACCAACUGUAGUUUACCCACAUCUGCCUGUAGACUCUGUUGAGGUGGUGCACAGAAGACCGCCUACUUCACACUGGCCCCCCAUCGAAUCUGGUGCAGAUGAAGAAGAUGAGGACGAGCCUGCCUUCGGGCAUGAGGAAGGUGACUUCUUUGUGCUUAAGCGACACAGGCGGAGGCAAAGACCCAAGCACAUUUCGUGGCAUAGCUCGGGGUACAGCUCGGGGCACAGCUCGGGGCAUAGCUUGGGGCACAGCUCGGGACACAGCUCGGGGCACAGCUUGGGGCACAGCUCGGGACACAGCUUGGGGCACAGCUCGAGAUACAACUCGAGGCACAAUUCGAAGCACAACUCGAGGCAUCAAAAUGAGGAAAAGCACAAAUUUGAUUUCAUAGACGACGAUUUCGAGGACUACUUUGAGCGUAGAUCCUUCAGCCACCAGCAGCGCAGUCUGGGCAGCAAUGAAAACGUUGGUCUGGAUGGCGACAUAUUUCAGUAUGAGGAUUUCGACUUCGAGCCAGAUCUGAAUCAAUACGUCGACUCGGAAGAGUAUGCGGAUAAUCGUAAUAGCAGCUGGCUGCCCCCAAACAAGGAGCGCAAUACACCAGACGGACUGCAAUCGAGGCAUCGGCGUAUGUACUCCAAGUGGAGCCGUUGGAGCAAGUGCUCACCAAAGUGUACCACUAGGAGAUAUAAAAAAUGCCGCAUUCGUGAGCAGUGUGGGCGUGAGGUGCUCCGGGAGAUCGCGUACUGCUACACAGAGGGCAGUUUCUGUCAGCAGUGGCUGCAGACGCAGGUUCAGAAGAUGCCCGCCUAUGAUUCGAGGCCCAGGCCUGGGACGGCCACCAGACCUGUGCCCGGUACGGCUACUGCUAUGAGACGCAUGCAUACCGAGCCGGCUUCGGCAUCGCUGAGCAAGAACGAUGUGAACGUCAUCAUGAAUGGAAAGGGCUACCGUGGACCUGAGUAUACGCCACUCAAACUACAGUGUGGCCUGCUGCGUAAUAGACCCCGCAACAACAACAUGUACAACAUGCUCAAGAUAAUUGGGGGCAAGACGGCGCGGAAAGGUGCGUGGCCCUGGCAGGUGGCAAUCAUCAAUCGCUUCAAGGAGGUAUUUUGCGGCGGCACAUUGAUUGCUCCGUUCUGGGUCCUCACGGCAGCCCACUGUGUGAGAAAGGUGCUCUACGUUCGCUUCGGGGAGCACAAUCUGGACUAUGAGGAUGGCACCGAGGUGCAGCUGCGUGUCCUCAAGAGCUACAAGCAUCCCAAUUUCGAUAAGCGAACAGUUGACAGUGAUGUCGCCCUAUUGAGUCUGCCCAAGAAGGUGAAUUCAACCCGGUGGAUUGGGUACUCCUGCCUGCCGCGACCAUAUCAGCCACUCCCCGAAAACGUGCAUUGCACAGUUAUUGGCUGGGGCAAGAGACGAAACUCGGAUGUGGUCGGAACUAGUGUCCUUCACCAAGCAGACGUGCCCAUCAUACCCAUGGGCAACUGUAGCAAGGUCUACCGAGACUAUACCAUCACAAAGAACAUGUUCUGCGCUGGACACAGUCAAGGACGCAUCGAUACCUGUGCAGGGGAUUCGGGUGGUCCGUUGUUAUGUCGAGAUACCACUAAAGCUAAUCAUCCAUGGACUAUAUUCGGAAUUACUUCCUUUGGCGAUGGUUGUGGAAAACGCAAUAAAUUUGGCAUCUAUGUCAGGAUGCCCAACUACGUGGACUGGGUCUGGUCGGUGGUCAAUUGCAAUGGCAACUGCAAGCUGCACUAGAGGAUAGAUAUCCUAGAUAUACCUUGCCACCGAUACCUAUAGAUAAAUAGCUUAUUGGUUGCCCGAUUCGAAGUUAUCAUAGAUGUAGUUUAGCUUUUAGAUCGUUAUGUUUCAGAGGCUGUGAGAUACUUAUUUAGUUUUAAUCCCAAUUCCGGGAGAACUCAUCUUGUAGAUACGAACACUUACUAACAUAAGUACCGAUACAUGUACAUAUUAAUUAUGAUUUAUUUGUGUUUCACUUCUUUGGCUGAAUAUAAAUUAUUUAUUUCCUUAUUGCAAAAUGGCAUAUCUUGCUUGUAAGUUAAGCUUAUAUUCUAGGCGUAUUCUAGAUUGUGUCAACAGAAAUCAAUGCAAAUGUGUAUAUAACAGUUGGGAAAACUUGUUUUAAUAAAUGGAAAGCAAUAAA